CAGUUACGAUGUCCACUGUGAUUUGAACAGCUUCACGUAGAGAAUCUCACGAACAAAUGUAUCGGUUGUUUUCUUAGUUUACCUAUGUGAGUAGGCCCUACAAUGUGCUCAACUUCCUACAAUUGUGACUUGUAUGACAAGAACCUAGAGGAGCAGAGAGACGAGGUUACAGCCCUAACAUCAAUUUAUAACACAGAUGAUAACGAAAAAGUACAGCUUACUUCAGCAGGUGAUAAUGAAAAGAAUGGAUUAUUUAAAUUUUGUGUGAAAAUAUGCCCAAAGCCAGAAACUGAAAAGAUCCACAUUGAUGUUGUACUGCCCAUUGAAGAAGAAACACAAUAUGGAGUCACAGCUGCUGGUCAGGAAACUCCACCCACCACCUUGAAAAACCUCCCACUCAACAGUUCAACUUCGGACCACAGAUGGCCAGGCUCGUUUGAUGUGAAGUAUUUAUCUCCUCUGUACCUGGACAUCACCUUCCCACCCACCUACCCAUCAAGUGACCCCCCAUCUUACCAGCUGUCAUGUCCAUGGCUGACCAGCACACAGCUUGAAUGUACUGGUCAAAUGCUGGACAAUCUUUGGCAAGAGGGGAAGCCAAUGGUUAUUGUAUUCACCUGGAUUUAUUGGCUGGAAAAUAAUCUGCUCAGGUUUUUGGGGAUUACAGAUCAUGUUUAUCUACAUGUGGCUCAAAUUGUUAAUGAUGGUGAAGGUCAAAGUUCACUUGUUGACAUAAUAGGAGAAGUCAUUGGCAAAAUGAUCAGGUACAACCAAGAGCAGAUGAGACUUGAGUUCUGUCAGUCAAUGCAGGAGUGUCCUGUAUGCCUGAUGGAGAAACCUGGCAUCCAUUUCCAUAAACUCCAGGAGUGUCAGCAUUUCUUCUGUACAGAUUGUAUGAGGGAGUUUUGUGACUUGCAUGUUAGAGAUGGCACUGUCGAGGCUUUGAAGUGUCCAGACAUCAAAUGUAACACAAUUCUACCACCAUCUAUUGUCCAGGCUGUUUUAGGACCAGAAGCUUACAACAGAUGGGAGAAGUUGUUGUUGCAGAAAACACUGGAUGCUAUGGCUGAUACUGACUACUGCCCACGAUGCAACAGUUUGGUCAUAGCAGAAGCAGAAGAGAGUCUCCAUCUUGCUCACUGCACUGUUUGUCUGUUUUCUUUUUGUACUGAGUGCAGAAGAUGUUGGCAUCAGGGCAGUCCUUGUAGGCCUACAUCUGAUGAAGAGAAGUUGAAGAUUUUAGAAGAGCGGUUCAACAGAAAAUUUCUUAGGGCCACGAAAUAUGAAAAGUUGGUUAAACUGAAGAAAAAAAUUCAAGAAAAAAUGGAAAAUGAAAAUUUUCUUAGAGCAAAUACACAAUUCUGUCCUGGAUGUAAAAUUGCUAUAGAAAAAAAUGAAGGGUGCAAUCAUAUGCUUUGCAAAUGUGGCACUUCCUUUUGUUGGCUGUGUGCUGAAGAGCUUGCAUACCACAGAGGAAGUUGCAGGUUAUUUAUUCAUGCACCUAAAGAUGACACUAACAGUCCAUUGAGAAAACCAUAUGAUUUUAAACAGGUCCAGGCAUGGUUCCCAGUCAAACCACAUCUUUCAGCCAACAAGUGCCAAUGUCCUAAGUGCAAACAGCUCAACUUGAAGAAAACUGACCACAACAACCACAUCAAGUGCUGGAACUGCAAGAGCAACUUUUGUUUUCUGUGUAAACAGCUGAUCAGGGGUGCCAUAAUGGCCCAUUUUUUGGGGCCAUGUGUUCAACACUCCUAGCACAUGCUGUUCUCUAGAGACUAACAAUUACGCUGUUGUAAUUGUAUUAUUUGGGCAAGUGAGCAUGGAUAAGACCCUAGCUUGAUAUUGUCAGAUGGGAUCCAGAUAGAAAUGCAAAUAAAAGUUAAUCUAAGGAAACAUACAAGAAGACCAGAUGAACAUUGCUUGAAUAUUAUAAAUCCAGCCUAGGGCAAAAAUGUGAAGUUGCAGCCCUUUAUAUGUGGUCCAAUAAACAAUGUUGAUAUUGAUUAUUGUUCAUGAUUUCAUGGAAUGUUUACUUUUUUAUUUCUUUACUGCCUUUAUGAUACUCAUUUAGAUAUGUGUAACACACAUUUUGUGAGAAUAUUUAGUAAUUUAUGUUGACAUUUCUAAUUUAUUCUUAAUGUUUACAUUAUUUAUUGAUUUGUAAUAUGUAGGAAUAGUGAUAA